AAACAAGAGCAAAACAGGGACUGACUGAUGCUACUGAGCUCUCUUCAUAUAUUCUGCCAACUACACAAUGGAGAAUAACGUUGCUGAGGAGCAUCAUGUCACUUCCAGCACUGGAUGCCCUUACAACAUGAAGAAAUGCUGCGAUGGUUACAUUCAGCAUAAUACAUAUCUGGCUUCAAGUCUGAUAGCUGUUGGGCUGGGUGUUUCCCUGGGCUUGAUUCUCAAAAUUUUUGUCCCUUUGUCUGAAUUUGACGAACUCCACGUGGGCUUUCCGGGAGAAAUGCUCAUGCGGAUGCUUCAGCUGGUCUCAAUUCCUCUCAUCGCCACAAAUGUGAUAAGAAGUAUUUCUGCUCUAAACAUUGAAACUUGCAGAAGAAUCUCAUUACGUGCAGCAGCAUACUUUCUUAUAACCACUCUUCUGGCUGUGAGUACAGGGUUACUACUGGUAAUGUUGAUCAAUCCAGGAGUGGCUAAAGCUGUUGAAAAGGAUGAGACAGAUGAUGAGGAGUCCUUCGACACUCUCAGUUCCCUGCUGGAUCUAGUAAGGAACAUAGUCCCACAAAAUCUGAUUCAGGCUUGCUUCGAACAGUACAAGACCGAGAGGGUGGAGUUUGAAACUGACACAGAGGGGCACGAGGAAGAGCAUGAACUACAGUCUAGCCUGGAAACAUUCCAGAACUCGUCAGAAGUGCAAAUGGUGGGCCGCUAUGUUACAGGAGCCAACACAGUCGGAGUGAUUGUCUGGUGUUUCUUUUUUGGCAUAACCCUCAACAUAAUGGGAAAAGAAGGGAAAGUCCUUGUAGAGGUCCUCACUGUCUUCAACGAGGCCACAAAAUGUGUGGUCAACUUGAUACUAUGGUACUUGCCAUUUGGAGUGGUGUUCCUGAUUGCAAGCCAUAUUGUUGAGAUUGAAAACUGGGAAUCUGUCUACAGCCUCGGAAAGUUUGUGGUCGUGGUUGUUGCUGGGCUUACAAUCCAUGGAACAAUAACUCUGCCACUGCUUUAUUUCCUGUGUGUGAGACGCAACCCCUACGCUGUUAUUAAGGUUUCUACUCCUGCUUUAAUGACUGCACUGGCCAUCUCGUCCAGCUCUGCCACUAUGCCAUUAACGUUAAAAUGUUGUGAGCAACUCUACAUCGACAAAAGAAUCACUUCUUUCAUGCUGCCCAUUGGGACCAACUUGAACAAGGACGGAACUGCCCUUUACGAAGUGGUCGCAGCAAUUUUCAUUGCCCAGCUCAACCACAUCACUCUGGACUUCAGCCAAUUAAUUAUCAUUUUUAUGACUUCAGCUGUCGCCAGCAUAGGAGCAGCAGGGAUCCCAUCUACAGGAGCAGUGAACACUCUCUUAGUUUUGACAGCUAUUGGGUUACCUGCAAGGGAGGCCUCCAUUUUGGUGGCUGUAGAAUGGCUCCUAGACCACUUCAACACGCUUGUCAAUGUCCUUGGUAACUGCAUUGGCUUGGUAAUUGUUCACGAACUGUCAAAAAAAGACCUCGAUGUAAGGGAGGAACAGGGACAGGAAAUGACAAGGAUGCAUGGCAGUGAUAGCCAGGUCUCUGAUGAUGACACCCUGCCUGAAAACCUAAUCCCACCCAAAGAAUGUGAUACAGAGGAGCCCACUCAGCGCGUGGAUCAGUCCAGUGAGAUCCGGCACAUCACACCAGAACAGCUGUACAACCAAGAGAGUGAUGACAAGGAGCCCGCUCAGCGUGAGGACCAGUCCAGCGAUAUUUGGCACAUCACACCAGAAUAUCUGUCAGCCCAAGACAGCGAUGACUAUGAGAAUGUGUAAUGUCAUCUGACAAUAAACGGGGAUUCAAAUGUA